AUGACAGACAACUCCAACCACCUUCCCGGCAUGCUGCAAGGCGUGCGGGUUCUGGAAGUCACCGAGCCGCUGGGUGCCCUGGUUGGCCGCUUUCUGGCCGACCUGGGGGCCGACGUCAUCAAAAUCGAACCGCCGGAGGGGGAUGGCGGGCGCCACGCUUCGCCGUUCGUCGGCGCGGGGGACGAGCGCCUCAGCCUGCCCUUUGUGCGGGCCAACGUGAACAAACGCAGUGUCAUUCUCGAUCUCACGCAACGCCGCGAUCAGGAGCGCUUUCGCAGCUGGCCGAGCGCGCCGACGUGGUGGUGA